AUGAUGAGGCAGUUGCUGAGUUGUAUUCGUGGCGGAAACUGCCCUGGACCCAACGUCAGCUCACUGCAGUUGCCUGGAGAUGUGGGUUUCUUUGCCAACCAAUUGGCCGUGCCUACCAUGGAGUUUGCCUUUGAACAGACUAGAGCAGAAGAGAUGACUGCAGAAGCAAUUCUCCGACUGGUCAAUGAUCCCGUGCUGCCAUUUUACCCUCUAGACAUCGCCCUGGAUGUUCAAAACAAGCUCAAAGACAAGAGUGCACUAUCGCUGCCCUUGCUUUCCUCAGCCUCCGCUCUCAGAGACCAUGCAGCUUUCUUCCAGUCAGAAACUAUGCGGCCGGCAAAUGACCCAAAAGAGCGUGACCCCUCCCACGUGCGGAUGCUGAAUGAUGUACUCCGUGACCUGGAGAAGAGCUUCAUCAUCCCACAGACACCGCCUGGAGUGUACAGGAAUCUGUUAUACAGCCUUCCAGGAAAGACUCCUCAGUUUUCCAUCUUGAAGUUCCCUCGGGAAGCUGUCCUGCCUUGCAACAUCCCCAGCAAAACAAUCAAACACAACUCCGCAAACAAAGAAGUACUUUUCCACAGUGCCACAAACCAGUCUCUGUCUCUCAUCCUCAGGGCCAUCCAGUCAGCUGAGAGGCUUGUGUGCUUUGGUUUGGACUUGUUUGAGAAUUAUUCAAGUGAAUGA